UCACUGCACGUCUGCACCACCACACGCAGCGAAACGCCUCGCUCGCCCGCUGCGAAGAGAGCGAGAUCCGAGAUGAGGCAGCUGAUCCGGCGGCUCUCCCGCGUCGGCGACUGCGCGUCGUCGUCGUCGUCGUCUCCGCGGCGCGGUGGCGGGAAGAAGGCGCGCGCGGGGACGCCGGAGGGGCACGUGCCGGUGUACGUCGGGGGCGGCGGCGAGGCCGAGGAGGCGGUGGAGCGGUUCGUGGUGCGCGCGGAGCUGCUGGGCGCGCCGGCGCUGGCGGAGCUGCUCGGCCGCGCCGCGCAGGAGUACGGGUACCGCCACCAGGGCCCGAUCCGCAUCCCCUGCCCCGUCGCCGUCUUCCGCCGCGCGCUCGCCACGGUGGCCGGCGACGACGACGACGACGAGGAGGUUGAGGAUGAUGGCGCUCGUAGCCAGUCGCCUAGUCCCGGCCGCCGCGCUAGCUAGCUUCUAAGAUGCUAGAUGCUGGUUGGGCUCGUGGGCCUGGGCCUAGGGGUGUAACUAAAUUAGCCCUGAAUUUUGAGGAUUACUGGGCUUAAUUUCUAAGGUCUUAUCUCUUUUUUCCCCCCAUGUUACUACCUUGGCAGUUGGCACUUGGCAGCUUGGCUCCUUCUUUGAUGUUAUCGUGAUAAGCUGAAAAGGGUCAAGGAUGUAGCUUGCAUGAGCAUGAACUACUCUCAUGCAUGCUAGCUGCCUAGCUUCAACAGCAUAUUUUGUGUAACGAAGUAUAUAUACUAUAUGAAGGAUUAAGUUGACUCUUUGCUGAA